AUGGCCAACGCAAUCGGGGCGGAAGCAGUGCAGGCUGUUCUGGAUGGCUUCCUGUCGCCGAAGGCGGAGGAGAUCCUCGCGAGCCUCCGGACGCUUGCAGGGCUGUUGAAGACAGCUGGGGAGGAGGAGGAUCGGCGGGAGGUCGUCUCACUCCUCUCACUCCUCGAGCGGGCAUCUGCGCGUGCAGCCAGUCGCCAGGACAGUGCUGCCGGUGCGAUUGCUAUGGUUGUGAAUGUCUUGUUGAUGUCUAAACGUUCUGUCUGGUGGUGUGAUUACAGUUCCUGCGUUGUCAUCAUGACUCGUUCCGUCAAGGUCGCCACAGCCAGCACUGCAGGUUCUAGCAUCGCCGGGCCUUCCAACCGACAGAUCAUCUCGAAGCUUGGCUGCAAGAGCCCUGAGGUAGUGGCAUUCCUCACAGGCCACGGUGGCAGAGAGGACUUCCUCAAGGCCGCAGUGGAGAAGUUGAGGAGACAUGCAGAACGACUCUCUGGAGUGAAAUCGGACAUUGCCGGAACGGCCACACCACAGCGAGACGCAGCUGCAAGGAAGGAGAAGCGGAGGUGCUGCUGGAAACCUGAGUGGAUUGGGCUUCGGUCGGAGCCGGUCGGAAGUGGCGCGUCCGGCAUGAAGCACAUUGUUCUCAACUGCGCCAAUAUUGGUUGCACCUACGGAGAGAACGUUCUGAAGCGUACGAAGCCUGGUCAGAACAAGUUUGACUGGAAGGGUGUCGAGGAUGCCUACCAGUACUAUGAAGGUGCAGGCUUCACAGUCCACGCCAUCAUCGGUCAGCGGCUGCUGAGCCAGGUGGGUGGGCGCGACAAAAUCUCGCGGAAGUUAGAGUCCGCACUGGUGGUCAUCCCAUCGCGAGAUGGGCUUCCAGACAUCGAUGAUUACUCGACGAUCUUGGAGGCUUACAAAUGGAAGUGCUCCUAUGUCGACAACGAUAACUACCGCGAAUGGGGCGCGCGCAUGAAGGGCCGGCCGGAAGUGGCGAGGUGGUACGGGGAGAACAAGCGGCAGCUCCACAUCCCCUAUUACUUUGACCGGUUUGGGCACUUUACACCUCUGGACGGUGCUGCACCAGGAACUGCAGAGCCUUCUCGCAAAGAUCCGACGCCGAAUCUUCCUGCUGCGACAGCUUUGCAUCCUGCGCAAGAGCGACAAGCAUUGUCGAGCUCGCCGUCUGGCUCGUCUCAGACUGUCACUGCCGGGAACGCAGCACCGGCAUCGCUUGGGCCUGGCGGGCAACGGGCCCAAGAAGCUCGAUCACAGGGCGAAAAGCGUGGUGUUCAGGAGGCACCUGCAGGUAGCGAGCCUGCAGCAAAGCGCUCUCGUGGAGAGCUGGAGGUCAUUCAACUGGGCAAGGAGAUCAUCGCGCCUCCGACCAGCAAGCUGAAGUGGAAGGCAGUAGUGCCUGUCCAGGUCUGGCAGCGUCCGCAGGUUGGCGGUUAUCAGGAGUGUCUUCGCACGCUGAAACCAGGAGCAAUCUUCCUUCAAAUCGCACAGCAGCCACGCGAAGGGGUUCAGGGAUCAGAUGAUCAGAUGCUCUGCCUCUUCCUUUUGUACUUAGAGGCCUUUCAUUGGCCGGAGAGGCCAAUGCUGCAGAUGGCACAGCAAAUCUUGAACGGCUUGCUUGAUGGCUCGUUUGCCAAGAUCUUCAGCUUCUUACCCCGCGGAGAGCUGUCACCCGCAGCUUUGAAGGUCGGCAUUGCCGAGGGCAUCAAGACUGGCCGGCGGAUGCCGCGGAAGCACAUCACAUCUCUUUGCCAGUGGCGUAAUCAGCACGCGGAGGAGUCGCACGAUCAGGUAGCUUUGCAGCUCGCCUUUCAAGACUGUACAGGGGGCCUACAGCUGCGAUGCCUACAUGAGCAAGCUCUUGCUGUCAUGGACCCGGAGGACCUGGAGCUGCACUCCGACGUGGUCGCGGGCAGGCUGCAGGAUACCGAUGAUGACGUUUGCUUCGAGGCUCACAAGUGCUCCGAGACUAGAUUCAUGUCUGGGGUCCGCGUGUAA